AUGUAUGUGUUUGUGCGACGCAAUCUAUUGCCGGCAAUCACCAAUAUUGAGUCGGAAUCGACCCCAUCCGGUUAUGCUGGAGUGAUGGGAAACAAGGGCGGUGUAAGCGUGCGUUUUGAGAUCUGUGGGGUGAAUCUGAUCAUACUGUCCUGUCACUUCACAGCUCAUAAAGAAAAUCAACGUGAUCGUUUGAAUGAUUACUUGGACAUUAUCAAUCAUCAGAGUUUCCGUGAUGAGGAUGUGAAUGUGAUUCUGGAUCACGACUAUGUGUUUUGGAUGGGUGAUCUGAAUUUCCGUUUGGAGAAUAUCACGAAAACGGAGGCGGAAAAACUGAUUAUAGAAAAGCGUUUUUCGGAACUGCUGAAACAUGAUCAGUUGAAUAUGAUGAAAAAUCAGAAACUUAUAUUCCAAGAUUUUUGCGAGGGAGAAAUCAAUUUUCCACCCACAUUCAAAUUCGAUAAAGGUACUGAGAUCUAUGACAGCAGACUUCUUCAAAAGGAUAGUGGAAAUGAAAAUAAAAUCGACCAAACUUCGGAGGAAAGUAGCGGUAACACUGGUGGUCCGGUCGAUCAUGGAUCGAAUGAGGUUCGGAGAAACUUAUGUAUAAUAGAAGGGUUGAUGCAGUGA